GUUAAUUUUUUCCCAAGUUUCCUAAAAUACAUUUCUUGGAUUUAUCUCUCGAUCAACGAACAAAUCAUUCGAAGAUUCUUAAUCUCAGUCACCUUGAUCAUUCUCGUUCCUUCUCUUUUCGUAUUUAAUGAAAAGGAAGAAACAAGUGGGUAUGUUAACCUCUUUCCCCAGCCCUCCUCGGGCUUACUGUUGCUGCUGAUGCUGCUGUUGCUUCUGCCCCUCGCAACACCCCCACUUUAUCGCACACACUUUUCUCAUCUCUCUCUCUCUCUCUCUCGCUCGCUCACUCACUCACUCACUCACUCACUCACUCACUCACUCUCGUUGGUUGACCCGCUAAAAUAGACAAAGCUUUAUUCCCGGCCAAAGUCAGAGAUAUUAACAGUCCCCAAUCUCCACACGUAGUCGGUACAUCGUCGUCGGUUCGACAAGUUUAAUAUUGAUUUAUAAAUCGACCUGCUUCUUUUCAAUUAGUGUCUGAUAUUUUCCUUUUAAUUCGAUCUUCUUCUUUUCCUUAUUUUCCUUUUAAUUCGAUCUCUCUUAUCAUUCUUAAAUCAUCGAGUAAUAGUGCUUGAAUUUGAAAAUUUACUUGAAAAUUAAGAUAAUGUUAUGUAUGAUCCUUAGAGAAUAGACAUAUAUACGGUCAUUAACGAAUAAAUAAUAAGAAAUAACAAGGAAAAAUAUUAUAAAGUUUAUCGUUAUGUUUUUGAAAGGUUAUGAAAAUGUUGGUAAUAUCGGAAAUUAUUUUGAGCAUAUAUUUUCUAUUUUCCUUUCGAUUAAUCGAAAAUAUUAGUUGGUUUGGAAGAUGGCGACAUCAUGAUUACGUCAUAUUUUUACUUGUCAUUGCAUUUCUCCGAUAUUAUUAAAUAAAAAGAAAUUGAUUCGCGAUCAGAUAUGCCACAAUAUGAUGAAUCUUUUCUUGAUUCGCCAAUCUUCAGACGACGUGUACGAACUUAUUUCGUACAAAAGAAAUCCUCGACGAAAUCAAGAUCGUUCAAGAAUACGUCUGUACCUUUGUUGUUGGCCGUGACCGAUCUCAAUAACGAUUUCUCUGAUUCGCUUUCGAUCUGCAGUACGCAAGAAAGCAACGAGGAACGUUCAAACGGAAAGGCGCGCGGCGGUAAGCUCGCGCGUCGAGCACGCUCCUUUAAGGAGGACUUUUUGGAGAAGCUUUCACACAUGCGUUCUCCGGGUAGCGGUGGUACAGGGGCAGGCGGCGCAGAGAGCGUCGUAGGAGGAGCCGGCCGAGCAAGUUCACCUUCGUCGCCAAGAGCACCGCGUGAUAAAAAUGGAGUUGUUGGAAUUGGACUUGGAACAGGUGGAACAUCGUCGUCAUCGUCAGGAAAGGAUAGUAAUAAUGCAGCUGGUCUUGAAAAAAAUCCUUUACGAGACUUGCAUGUCCACGUGAGACAAGUACAGCUUGCUCUUCUGCAUUUUCGAGAUGUUGUCUCGAAAAAGAAAUUGGAAAUGUUGCCAGGUAAUGGGACAGUGGUUCUCGACACUGUUACCACCAUACACACGGUACUCAAGUCCUAUCUUCUCUAUGAAAAUAGUUCCACGCUAGGAUCCGCAACCAAUCAAGUUUAUCAAGCACUCGCUCAGUUAUUAAAGCUUUGCGACGAUGUCUUGUUACACGGCGAUCAAUCUUCUGCUUUGGAUACCGAAAAUGUUACCCAUAUUAUCGGUUUGGUCGAAGAAGCAGUUAAGAAUUUGGUUUCCCUUGCUCAUGAGAAGAUUUCCAAUCGACAGAAACCUGUUAGCAUUACGAUUAACAAUCGUGCAUCGGGUUAUGGAUUGGAACUUGCUCCUCAGAGGAACUCGCUGCCGGAUAUACCUUUAACACCUAGGGAAAGAGAGAUCUUAGAACAGACCGCUGCCAACAAUAGUCUUGUUCGAAGUUCUCAUAGUUCUGAAUCUAUUUUAAGGGAUUCGAGUCCACCACCAAAACCUCCUCUUCCUGAUAGAACGAACGUAUGCUUCUCCGAAGAAAAUAGUUCGUCAGGUACACCACCACCUUUACCACCGAAAAGAAGAACCAGAACUCAACAAUUGCUCGACGAGUCUGAGAGUUUCUUAGCAUCUAGUCUCGAUAGAGUUUCCUUGCGUAGUCGAUCACCGGAAGACUCUUCUUCUAUUUUAAGUGCAUCAGCUGGUAGUUUGGAUUCUGCUUUAAAUCAUUCGCGUGACGAGGAUGAAAUUCGAGCGAUCAUGGGACCAAACGAUGAGUCUCUCAAUGAUAGUAUGGAUCUCAGUCUUAUAGCUACCAUUAAAAGUAUGCAAGUUAAUGGGACCUCUAAUUGUGCUUGUUGGGAUAGUUCUGAAAGCAGUAUACCAAGUACUAUGUUACUAGGACAACAAACACCGCAAGAAAUUCUUAAUCCGUUCACCGGUAUUGAUGGAAAAAUAGAAAGAUUUUCAACCCAAACACAUGAAUCCGGUUUUGUGUCGAUGCAUUCACAAAGAAGUUCUUCUCAAAGUUACACGACUGCUUCUAGUACAACUUCAAAAAGGUCAUCGCAACAAAGCAGUAUCAGUUAUAGUUCCCAAACGUUUAGUACCCAACAACAAUCUCUUUAUCAACAAAAGUUUACAUCUGAUAGCAAUGGUUCUGUUUUCAUGCAAAAAACAAUGAGCAGCUCUAAAAGUACCACGGAUAAUAUGAAUAUAACGGGAAGUGGCGACGCCGUUAUGUUAGAAAAAUUGAAAAAUGAAAUGGAAUCAAUUACUAUAUCCGAUGCUAAUGGAAUACCACCUGCAUUACCAGAAAAACGAUCUAAACGGAGAAGAGAACGUCAACCGUCGCAAUACGACAAUGUACCUGAAAAUGAACAUUUGUCUACUUGCAGUUUGCAUACCAGUAACGGCGAUAGUUCGGAUACCAAUAAACCACCACCUCUUCCGCUGAAAAAAAAACAUAUGUUCCAAUCAGUGGCAUAUUCUGUUAUGGCAUACAUGGAGAUGUUUGGAAAUUGCUCUCACAGCAACAACGACUUCAUUUCUGGCCUUGGAACUCGUCAUUCUGUAGCAGCUUACAAUUCCAUGCAAGCAGAAUGGCAGCAACAUGAAAUGGCACUCACUACGACUCAAUCUUGUUCUUUUAUGGCUCAUACGGUAACUAACUUGCAUGACACCACAAGCGUUUCUAUAUCUAUGACUCCAAGCAUUACGGAAAUAACAAAUAAUUCUAGUCUUCCUCCGGCUUUACCACCAAAGAGAUCACGAUCUAUCAAAUCAAAUGCUACACCUUCGAUAGUUUCACCAAAGCCUACGAUUAGUAUGCAAAGCAUACAUACAUCUGAUUCAAUUUUAUCAUCGACUCCUGUCAAAAUUGAUGAGCCGUCGUCAUAUAAUGAUGCUUUUCUUGAUAAAAAAGAUGUUGUAUCGUCAACUCCAGUAAAAUUGAAUAUCACCGGUACUGCAUUAGACAUAGCAUUACCAACUUCCAGACCUGCAAGUAAUGCUCUAUCUUCUGUAUCCAUUAGCGAUAACACUUUGGAAUUAAGGGAUAUAGAUCAGGAUGAUAAUAUAUUGGAAGAAUUAGAUAUCAGUAAAUAUUUAGUUUUUAAAAAGUCUGAUGAAGAAGGACCCGAUAUACGUGGUGGACAUCCUGAUGCAUUAUUAAUUCAUGCUACCAAAGCAAAUAAGCAUGACGAAAAGGAAUCAGACUUUUUAUAUCAGGAAGCUUUUCUGACAACAUACAGAACAUUUAUGCAACCGCUUGAAUUAAUUCAAAAAUUACAUAAACGACAUCAACGUUUUUCCUGUUCUCCAGAUGUUACGAAGCAACGAGCAGCUCGAGAAGCUUUCUCCUUAUUAGUUAGAGUAGUCAGUGAUUUAACUAUGUCAGAUCUUGACGAUACCUUAUUACAAACUUUAAUGGAAUUCGUACAGCAAUUAGUAUGCAGUGGUGAUUUAACAAUGGCUAAAGCUUUACGAGUGAAAAUAUUAGAAAAGCAUGCCGCUAAACAAUUACAAUACGCACAACCAAUUUUAUCUUCUCUCAGUGUAACGACGAAACAAGCAUCACUUUUAGAUUUUAAAAGCGAACAAAUCGCAGAACAAAUGACUUUAUUAGAUGCAGAUUUAUUUAUGAAAAUUGAAAUUCCUGAGGUAUUAAUUUGGGCUCAGGAACAAAAUGAAGAGAGAAGUCCAAAUCUUACAAGAUUCACAGAACAUUUUAAUAAAAUGUCAUAUUGGGCUAGAUCCAGGAUAUUAGAGCAUAGAUUGGAGAACGAAGCUAAGGAUAGAGAAAAAUAUGUUGUCAAGUUCAUUAAAAUAAUGAAACAUCUUAGAAAAAUAAAUAAUUUUAAUAGUUAUCUUGCCUUGCUUUCUGCAUUAGACAGUGCACCAAUUAGAAGACUUGAAUGGCAGAAGCAUAUUACGGAAGGUUUGAAGGAAUAUUGUGCUCUUAUCGAUAGUUCAAGCAGUUUUCGAGCAUACAGGCAAGCUUUAGCAGAAACUCAACCACCAUGCAUCCCAUAUAUUGGGCUUGUGUUACAAGACCUUACAUUUGUGCAUAUUGGAAACAGUGAUUUGUUACCGGACGGUACUAUCAAUUUUUCUAAAAGAUGGCAACAAUUUAAUAUUGUUGAAAAUAUGAAGAGAUUCAAAAAAGGUACAUACUCCUUCAAGAAACACGAUCGUAUUAUUACGUUCUUCAACAACUUCAGUGAUUUCCUCUGUGAGGAAGCAAUGUGGCAAAUUUCUGAAAGUAUUAAGCCACGUGGUGGAAAGAAAGUUCAAUUGCAAAACUAGAACAUAUCUAACCCUUUCACUGCCUGUGUUUCCAAAUCAAAAGGCUGAAAUGGUGGAAAUUCAAAAUGAUUAUGUUUACAUGAGAAUUUGCUCUUUUCUGCGAUUCAAAAAAAAAAAAAAAUAAUAAUAAUAAUAAUGCAUAUACACGUAUAUAUACAUAGGUAGUAUGUAUUGAAGGAAGAAUCUAGUAUGUAUAUGUACGUAUGUGUGCGUAAUAUACGUACGUAUGUGCGACGCUCUGAGAGCGGUGAAAGGGUUAGCAUAGUCUACCCCAAUGUGUACGCAGCCUCUGUGAGGCUGUAUUUGAAUGUUUUUAAUUUAUACUCGCCGAAAAAAUACAAACAAAAGAAAAGAAAUACAAAAAGAUAAUAUACACAGUCCAGCCGAGACACAUGCGAUCUUGUACAGUAUUUGAAUUUUAAUGCAUUGUCUCUUCAAACAGAAUCAUAUGCAUGACGAGAGAGAGAGAGACAUCGAUAAUAAUCGAAAGUCAAAGUAACAGUCAAAAUCUAGUUAGCACAAAGUUAAGAGAUUAAUUAUACUAUCGUUAAUUCAAUGCAUUUCUCAUGAUCUUCCUCUUAAAUGCAAAUUGAUAUGAGAAAUACAUAUUUGCCUUGAUAUCCAAAUUGUAUUUAAAUAUGAUGUAUCUAUAAUAAUGCUUAGCUUAUAGAUAAAAAAGAAGAAGAAGUAAAGAAAGAAAAAACAAAAUAUGAUUUACAUUGAAAAAAACUACUAUUAUUACUACAUUAUUACACACACACACACACACACACACACACGCGUGUAUAUCUACACAUACAUAACUUAUUUAUUAUUUGCGUUUUGCAGACGAGAGAGAGAAACUGUAAAAGUAGUAGAUGUCAGUUAUCAUUUAAAUUAUUUAGAUAUAUGUGAACGUCCAUUUAUCUAGCUUUCACGUAGAUAGACAAGUUUCAAUAAUCAACUGAAAGUUGUCGAUUAUAACACAAGGAAGAACACCAAUUACGUUGAUUAAUGUAGAGCCAUCGUAAUCUUGAGUUGGCACAUCAAUGGACAAUGUGCAUCUCUAUACGAAUGGUAUGACUGAGAGAAAAACUGUUGCAUAUACUAUUGUAUAUGAUUAUAGGACAUAAUUUUUUUGUUAAUAACUUGUUGAUAGUUACCCAGCUUUAAGUCAGGAAUACAGGAUCAAUCAAUCAAAUUCAUCGAGUUAGACCUCUUAAUAUUGAUCAAAAGAAUGUGUAGUACGCGUUAUAGUAUAAUUAAAUGCUAUCAAACUAUUUUGACAAUUAUUGUUCAAAAUUGGCCUAAGCAUAUACUCUUUAUUAUUAUAAUAUAUAUCAGCUUUAUUUUGCAAAGGCCUAUACGCUCCAAUUAAAAUUAAAAAACAAAGGGUAGAAAAUGCAAACGUCAUAUCUACAUGAACACUUAGUAAAAUGCAAAUUUCAAAUUGUUCAAUUCAUUGCUUAGAAUUAAUAGUAGCAUGCCAAAUGCAUAAUAUAUUGUAAAUAUUUUUAAUAGUACGAAUAAUUUUUUUUCUUUCUUUCUUUCUUUCUUUCUUUCUUUUCUUUUUUUCUGUAUCUAGGCGUUGCUUCUGUGUAUCUAUUGAUAAUUUUAAAUAUACAGCAUACUAUUUGUAAUUAACUUUAUAUAUGCAGCAUCAAAUUCAAAUAUUUGUAUCGACAUAAUCUUUUGAAUGCCUUGUUACAUUUUUGUGUAAUAGUAUGCACACUGCCUUUAUAUUAUUUUUAUUUAAUUAAAAAUUAAAUUAAAUUAAAUUAAAUUAACAAAAAGGAAAUUGUUCGAUUAAGUUUGCCUUCUUUUUUUUCCACUAAUUUACACAUACACAAACACAAUAUUAUCAAUAAUGAAAAUACUUUGAUAGUCGUUAGGUAUUGAUCAAUUAAAUAUGACUUUAAAUAUAUGCAUAUUAAACGUGCAUGAUUUCUAUCGAAGAACCAAUAAUGUUAGCUCUGGAUAAAAGAAACAUCUAAAUAGAUACUUCUGUGUGCAUAAUUAUAAAACAUAAUAACGUAAAAGAGAUGUAAGAAAAGAUCAUAAAAAAAUUUGCAACGAAAUUACUACACUUAAUUAGAUAAGGUAUAAAAUACAGCUUUGCAUUAGUCGAAAUAACUGUUAAAAUUAAAGAAACAAGCCAAAUAAUAUUCAUAAUUAUCCUUCCUCCAAUGUUACACGCUACAAAGAUAUAGACAUAGCAUAGAUUUAAAGUAACAAUGUAUUUCCAUCUUCUAUUGAAUGUGCCAGCUUGGAAAAAAAAGAAAAAGAAAAAGAUAUAGAUACAAAAUUUAUGCUAAGACAAGAAAGAAAAAUUAAUAUUUUAAUCGUAUCAACUUUGUUAAAGCCAAUUAUAAAAGACAUUUUAUUAGAAAAUUUCAUAAUGUUUCAAUGUUCUUUCAGUUGUAAAGUUGUCGCGAGAAAUGGUUUUAAUAUCAAUAUUCACAUCAUUUUUACCUUCUUUUUAUAAUUGUUCUUAAUUUCGAGCUUACUAAAUCGCUAUUAUUUAUGCUUCAUCACAAAAGAUUAUGAACUGCAUAGCCAUUAAACAUAAAGCCUAUAUAUAUAUAUAUAUAUAUAUAUAUAUAUAUAUAUGUGUGUGUGUGUAUAAAUAUAUAUAUUCAGGAACAGACAACUUUUUCAACAUAUCAAAAUUAACAAGUCUAGUGAUAAUACAUGAAAUUCUUCAAACUAUGCGAUACUUCGGGAUAUUAUAAUUGUGACAAUUAUGCCAUUAUACUUGAGAUAUUUUUCUGAUAAAUUAUGAUAGUAAUUAAUUGUGUAUAUAACAUAUGCAUUGUCAUUUAAAAGUACAUACAUAUAUACACAAAAUUCAUUCAUAUUGGAACUUUAAAAACAAUAUGCAACCCAUAUCAUAAAUAUCAACAAAAGUUUUGUCAUAUUAAAUUAUCAUAUAGUAUCUCGACAUAUAAUCAUUGUACAAAUAGUUAAUAUAUAUCAUCCACAUCUUUUUUCAAAGUUCUUUGUACUUAUGAAUGUCCAAACUAUUCGUAUGCAUAUCAUGUUUUGAUCAAACGUUGAUUUUUCUUUUAUAAUAGGUGUACGAAAAAAAAAGAAACGAAAAUAAAAGUGUUUAGUGUUACUACAAGUA